AUGAGUGGUCAGUUGGCUCCCGGCCCCCAGGGCACAGCUGCCUGGCCAGCUUCCCGCCAGUUCAUUGGCAAUUCACCCAGCAUGCCCCCUGCAGCCAGCAACGUCUCCCUGAGCCUCAGAGACCACAGGGUGCCCAUCUCUAUGCUGCGCUGGCUCUUCGUCCCCUCGGGCCUGCUGGCUGCGGCCACACUGGCCUUGAGCCCCCUGCUGCUGGUGACCAUCCUGCGGAGCCACAGGCUGCGCCGAGAGCCCCACUACCUGCUGCUGGCCAACAUCCUGCUCUCGGAUCUGGCCUAUGUCACCUUCCACAUGCUCAUCUCCUCCAGCAGCCUGGGUGGCUGGGCCAUGGGCCGCAUCGCCUGCGGGGUUCUCACAGACGCCGCCAUGGCUGCGUACAACAGCACCAUCCUGUCCUUCACGACCACUGUGCUGCACACCUAUCUGGCGGUGGCUCAUCCUCUCCGCUACCUCUCCUUUAUGUCCUGCAAGGCUGCCCGGAAGACAGUGGCCCUCAUCUGGCUGGUGGCCUGCCUCUUCCCCACGUUUCUCAUUUGGUUCAGCAAGCGGCAGGACACCAGGUUGGUGGGGCAAGGGGCCUCCUGCGUCCUGCAGUUGAGCCUGGAAUCCCAGCUAGGUCGCAGUCCCCUGGUCACUGUCACCUACAGCUGCAUCUUGUGCAUUCUCUUUCUGUGCCUAGCUCUCAUCAGCUACUGCUUCUGGAGGAUUUAUGCAGAGGCUAGGACCUCACGUAUCCUGAUACAGGACUAUUCCAGGGCAAGAGGCACUCUGUUCAUCCACACAGUGUUGAUUACGUUGUAUGCUAGUCCAGCGGUGGUGUUUUCCCUGGAUGUCGUGCUGACCAAGUACCACCAUAUUGGUGCCAGGGCUCACAUGUGGCUCAUGGCAGCCAACAGUGAGGUGUUUAUGAUGCUCCCCCGGGCCAUGCUCCCAUAUAUGUACACCCUCCGUUACCGGCAGCUGCUGGCGACAGUCCAGGGCCACUUCUCAUUUAGGAGACACAGUGACAUCUUCACCAUCUUUCAGAGUUACAGACCGCACUGGCUGGCAAGCUGA